AUGAAAACAGAUUAUGUUCCAUUAAAAGAAGAAAAUUCUUCAUUCCACAAUGAAAAUUUAAAUAAUAAUAAUAAUAUUAUCCAUAACAAUGUAAAUACUAUAUAUACACCUCAAAUUGCAAAAUUAGAGACACAUUUUGGUGAUGGUAAUCAAACAUUUGCAGCACCAGUUUAUGCUCAACCAUUAGCACCACAAAUGUUCCAAGAUCAACAACAACAACAACAUCAACAACAACAACAAUACUACACACAACAUCAACAACCACAACAACAAUACUACCCACAACAACAUCAACAUCAACCACAACAAAUGAUGCUUCAAACUCCACAACAAUAUUACCCACCUCCAAGUGUUAUUGUUAAAACUAUUCCUGCUCAAGAUGAAUCUCAUUUUAAUUCUUCAUUGAUUUUUUUUGUUCUUGGUUUCUUUAUUUCUUGCUUAUGGUUAAUUAAUAUUCGUUACUUAAAAUCAAGAAAUAAGAAUGCAAAAACUCUAGCCACUGUUUCAAUUGUUAUGUUUUUCGUUUAUCUAGUUUUUGUUUUCAUAUUGGUUGUUGCAUCUACUAGUGUAUCAUAUAAUAGUCGAUACUAUCAAUAA